CCUUGAACGCAUCGCUAGCGUGUUCAUUACGUCACGAUUCAUUUGGCGCUUAAGCUUUUACCGCUGAUCUCCAGUCAGUUAUACUGGCAUCAAUGCUUUAACAGCGCGUUGUUCAUAAGCAACAAACCGACUUCAGAUCUGUUACCGGAAGCGGAAGCAGACAGCUCUGGGAAGACUUUGGCGCCCCAGUUGUAUUAACUAUUGGCGCCAGACACAACUGAGCAGUGAGGAGUGAGGAGUGUAAAGUGAAUCCUCAGCUGUCGAUUUAGUGCAGUUUGUUGGUAAUUCAAAUUUCUCAACCAUGACGAAGCUUUCAGAAGGCGCCAUAGAGGCUUUAGCUAAUGGAACCGGUGGAAACGAGGCCGUCCUUCAACUGGUGAACAUUCGAAAGAUUGAUGGAGGAAGUGGACCGUCUCGCUUUCGGGUGAUGAUGAGUGAUGGACGACACACUUUGUCUUCCUUCAUGCUUUCAACUCAGCUGAACUGCAUGGCAGAGGAAAACAUUCUGGCCCAAAACUGCAUCUGUGUUCUGAAGAGACAUGUGACCAAUGUGCUGAAGGAUGGCCGACGGGUGGUGAUCAUUUUGGAGAUUGAAGUCGUCAAGCCUGCUGGAGAAGUCGGUGGUAAAUUAGGAGACCCAGUUCCUUACAAUGAAGCUCAGAAAGGAGUCUCCCAACCGGCUCCGGCUCAGGAAAACCGGCCUCCACUGCAGCCUCAAAAUAAAAUGGAAGCUGUCAAAGGUUUCAACCGAGACUUUGGGAAGAAGCCUCCGCUCUCCAUGCCCACCACUCCGGGAGGAAGCUCCAAAGCGGUUCCCAUCGCCAGCCUCAACCCCUAUCAGUCCAAAUGGACUAUCCGUGCUCGUGUUACUAACAAGAGCGGCAUUCGCACGUGGAGCAAUUCUCGCGGUGAUGGGAAGCUUUUCUCCAUGGAGCUUGUAGAUGAAAGCGGAGAGAUUCGAGUGACUGGGUUUAACCAGGAAGUGGACAAGUUCUUCUCCCUGAUUGAGGUCGGCAAGGUCUACUACCUCUCCAAGGCCUCCUUAAAGAUCGCCAACAAGCAGUACACGUCCGUAAAGAACGACUAUGAAAUGACGCUCAACGGAGAGUCCACCAUCCUCCCCUGUGAGGAGAGCUGUGACGUUCCCAUAAUGCAGUGCGACUUUAUUUCCAUCGGAGACUUGGAGAGCAGAGACAAGGACGCCAUCGUGGACGUGAUUGGAGUUUGCAAGAGUGUGGACGAGGUGACCCGCCUCACCACCAAGAGCAGCCGUGAGGUGUCUAAGAGAAGCCUAAGUCUGAUGGACAUGUCUGGGAAGCUGGUGACGGUCACACUGUGGGGAGAGGAAGCGGAGAAGUUCGAUGGUUCUGGACAGCCCAUCGUCGCCAUCAAGGGUGCCAAGCUGUCAGACUUCGGAGGCCGCUCGCUGUCUGCUUCCUUCAGCAGCACCAUAAUGGUCAACCCAGAUAUUCCUGAGGCCUACAAGCUCAGAGGCUGGUUUGACAAGGAGGGCCACGCUAUGGAGGGACAGUCUCUGACGGAGCUGAGGGGCAGCGGUGGAGGAAGCACCAACUGGAAGACUCUCUCUGAUGUUAAGAACGAACAGCUGGGACAUGGAAACAAGGCAGACUACUUCACGUGCAUAGCUACCGUGGUGUAUCUGCGUAAGGAGUAUUGCCUUUAUAAGGGCUGCCCAAGCCAAGACUGCAACAAAAAAGUGAUUGACCAGCACAACGGCACGUACCGCUGCGAGAAAUGCGAUAAAGAGUUCCCCAAUUUCCAGCAUCGGCUCAUCCUCUCUGCCAACAUUGCUGAUCAUACAGACAACCAGUGGGUGACUUGUUUCCAGGACAGUGCUGAGGCCAUCUUGGGUCAGAAUGCGGCGUACUUGGGACAGCUGCAAGACUCGAAUGAGGCUGCAUUCGACGAUAUCUUCCAACAAGCCAACUUCAAAACUUACAUCUUCCGCAACAGAGUGAAGGAAGAAAUGUACAAUGAUGAAACCAAAAUUAAAGCCACUGUGAUGGAUUUGAAGCCCAUCGACCAUAAAGACUACAUCAAGAAGCUGAUCGUGAACAUUAGAAAACUGGCUGUGUAGUAACCAGUGCGCCUUUCACCAGAUCUGCUUUUUUGGGUGUUUUUUUUUUUUUUUUUCUUCUCUGUACAGUUCUAAUUAUAUCACACUUACUGCCAAAUUGUACCUUAGCUCUUUAUCCCGGUACAUCGGCACUAACGAUGCCCUGUUUGCUAGCUUGAGUCUUAAAUUCUUAUUUUUGUUGUUUAACGAAGAAGUGCGGGUCAGUAAGCCAUAAAAAAAUCAACUCAUCUCAGUUUGUUUUAAAGCAUUGGGUAGUUUUUGAUUGAUACACUGAGGUCUUGUGGGGGCCGCGGCUGCCUUUAAGCAGAACACCACCACACUCGUUUUCACCCUCCGAUGCUCUCAAACUGCCGGGGCUGGACCUGCACUUCCCCGAUAAGAACGUUUGCUCUCCCACUCUUUUUGGCUGCAUUUCUCACACAUGCAAAGAUGGGAGAGGGGGUUAGUGGGGGGGGGCAACCUGUGCUGUAUCCUAUCUAAGAAGAUGAGGAUGAUGACGGGGAUGCUUUAGAAGUAUUGUAGUCAACCUUUUUUUUCUUUUUGUUUCUAAACUGUAAUAAUAAAGAUGUUUGUAAUCAAGCUGAA